GAACGGUUCCACGGUUCCUUUAACACGAACUCAAAUGGGGAUCGCAACUUCUAUUUGAGCCGAACUGCACCCGCUCGCACGCACGUACGCGCGCUCCCGUCUCGCCACCCCCGACCACGACCAUGAUGAAGCCGCCCACGCCCACCUCCUACCUCCUCCUCGCCCCGCUCGCGGUCCUCCUCGUCGUCUUCGUGCUCCCGUCGCUCCGCUCCCCGCCCCGCGUUGGCUCCGACGGCCUCGGCGUCCUCUGCUCCCGCCGCGCCGGCUUCCCCGACGUCGUCGCCGUCGCGCCAUCGGUCGAGGCGUCGCCGCCGACGCAGCCGGAGCCCGAGUUCAGCCUGCUCGUGGGCGUGCUGACCAUGCCGAGCCGGCGGGAGCGCCGCGACAUCGUGCGAAUGGCCUACGCGCUGCAGCCGCCGGCGUCGCGCGCGCGCGUGGACGUCCGCUUCGUGUUCUGCAACGUCACCGAUCCGGUGGACGCGGCGCUGCUGGCGCUUGAGAUCCGGCGGCACGGCGACGUCGUGGUGCUGAACUGCGCCGAGAACAUGAACGACGGCAAGACGUACGCGUACCUCUCCUCCGUGCCGCGCCUCUUCGCGUCGCGCCCCUACGACUACGUGAUGAAGACCGACGACGACACGUACCUGCGGGUGGCGGAGCUCGCCGACGAGCUCCGGGGCAAGCCCCGCGACGACGUGUACCUGGGCUAUGGCUACGCCAUGGGCGGCCAGCCCAUGCCGUUCAUGCACGGCAUGGGGUACGUCGUGUCGUGGGACGUCGCGAGCUGGGUCGCCGGCGCCGACGAGAUCCUGGCGCGCAACGACACCCUGGGGCCCGAGGACCUCAUGGUCGGCAAGUGGCUCAACCUCGCCGGGAGGGGGAGGAACCGGUACGACCUCAAGCCAAGGAUGUACGACCUCAACUGGGACAUGGACAACUUCCGGCCGGACACCGUCGCCGUGCACAUGCUCAAGGACAACUACCGCUGGGCGGCGGCGUUCAGGUACUUCAACGUCACCGCCGGGAUCGAGCCGUCCGACCUCUACCACCAGCUGCCAUGAUCGAUCGACCAGCAACACUUCGUUUUUUUUUGUGUCAAAUUCAUUUGCGAUCCGUGUCAAUUGUUAAUUGUUUUGUAAGUGUUCGUGCACAAGUUGUGCGAGACACGAAAUGGACCAUGGGAGAGUAGUGGGGGAGCAUUUUGAGUCAUGUCAUGUCAUGUGGCCCGAUGGUUAGUUCGUUGACGCGCUCUGGAAAGCGCCGUGCAAGUCGAAUCGCCAACGGGGUUCGCUUUCGGAAGCUUCUUUCUUGGCGACGGCCGGAGGGUUGUUCCAGUCCUCGACUGAUUGGCCUCGUGACAUGACAUCCUUCUUGCUGCUGAUUCUUUGACCUGCCAAGACGGCCUGGAUGAAGUUACGUUUGGUUCCUUUGCUUA